CCCCCUCCCCCUCUUGCGUCUGACGUCACGAGAGGGAAAAAAAAAACAUGGCUGCGCCCCUACGAGUCGACGCAUUUCUCUCGGUUUUAAGCGCUUAAUGUGGGCUUUCUGAACGAUCAUAUUUGCCAUGGAGACGUUAGAGGAAGUGCUGCCAUCGGCUGAGGAACAAGGGGAGCAGGAGGAAGAGAUUGAGAUGGAGGAGGAAGAGAUGGAGGAGGAGGAAGAGAUUGAGGAGAAGGAGGAAGAGAUUGAGGAGAUGGGGGACACAGGGGAUGCUGCAAUAAAAGAUGAUGCUGCGGAUGGGUUGCAGAAAGAAGAAAAAGAGGAGGGAGGUGGCAAAGAACGAGGAGGUGGGGAUGAACCGGAAGUCAAAGCAAUCCCAAAGGCAGCAGACAAAAUCGGCGCGAAAAAAAAGAAGAACCCUUUCCCCAACAAACCAAAAGAGAAAAAGCCAGACGAGGGCCUGAACCUCAACAACGAGGUGGUGAGGAUGAGGAAGGAGGUGAAGAGGGUGAGGGCUCUGAUCAUCAGGAAGCUGACGCGACAGAGCGGCGCCCUGAAGAAGAAGAAGGGCAAAGAGACGGAGGUCGAGAGCAAUCAGAGGAGAGCUGGCCGACUGCUGGAGGAGAUCCACGCCAUGAAGACCCUCUCACCCGACCUGGUGUCCAAGACGGCCUUGCAGAAGAAUCUACACUUCGAACAGGUGUGCAAAAACCCCAAGUCCACUGCGUCCGACCGGGCCAUAGCACGCAUCGCCACUCACCCUCAGUUCAACAAGAAGAUUGAGGACCUCAAAGCUGCCGUGAAAGCCUUCAAAGAGGAGCGGAUGAAGGCUGAAAAGCAGGAAGAGGAGGAAAAGGCGCAAAUUAAAGGUGGGAAGGUGACUCCACAGUCCCCGGACGAAAAGGGAGAGAGGGAGACAGAAGAGGGGGGCGUUGCAGUGGAGCAAAAGGAACUCCUAGACGACAAGGAGGAGGAGGAGGAGAAGGAGGAGGAGGAAGACGACGAUCUCCUCGAAGACACUGAAGAUGCAGCUGCUGCUGAACCCGAAAAAGAAACGGGGAAAGCAAGUCCUGCGGAUGGUCAAAGGAGAGAAACGUCAGAGGCUAGGAGUGUAAGAUUAGUGUCAGUAAAAGGUAGUGGAGUAAAGGACGUUGUGAGAAAUAAACCUCAAGCCGAAAAGAAACCCGAUCUUAGGUCUGCGCCGGAAGUGCUCCAGAAAAAGAGGGACGAGGAAGAAGAAGAGAGUGAUUUAGAGUCAGACGAUGAGGAGAAAGAUAAACCCCAAGCUGGACAAGCCGAAAAGAAACCCGAUGUGCUCCAGAAAAAGAUGGACGAGGAAGAAGAAGAGAGUGAUUUGGAGUCGGACGGUGAGGAGAAAGAUAAACCAGAAGCUAAACAGGCCGAAAAGAAACCUGAUGUGCUCCAGAAAAAUAAAUGCGAGGAAGAAGAGAGUGAUUUGGAAUCACACGGUGAGGAGAAAGGUAAACCAGAAGCUAAACAAGCCGAAAAGAAACCCGAUGUACUCCAGAAAAAUAAAUGCGAGGAAGAAGAGAGUGAUUUGGAAUCAGACGGUGAGGAGAAAGGUAAACCAGAAGCUAAACAGGCCGAAAAGAAACCCGAUGUACUCCAGAAAAAGAUGGACGGGGAAGAAGAAGAGAGCGAUUUGGAGCCUGCCGGUGAGGAGAAAGAGUACUUUGAUGACAGCACCGAGGAACGUUUCCUCAAGCAGUCCUCCCAGUCUGAGGAGAGCGAUGACGGCUUCUUUGUUGGAAAAGUGAACCGAUGCAAGAAGAAGAAGACGAAGAAGAAGACGAAGAAAAGUGGAGAAGGGGACGUGGCCAGUACGGGGCGUGAAGGCGCCGGUACGGACAAGUUCCAGGGUGAACUCGACGAGCUCGAGUCCAGGCUGAAGUCUAAAGGGAAAUCUUUUCAGUCAGUCUUUUGUUCUUCCCUGUCUUCGUCGAAGCCCGGUGGGGGCAGAGGGAGGGGCGGGGAUGGAUUCGGCGGCCGAGGGAGACCGAGGGGUGGCGGGGGCCGAGACGGGGAUUUCAGUAGACAACCCAGGUUCCAGAAGCAGGAGAGAGACUCCUUUCCCUCCGGCGGCAGAGGGCGGGGGCGAGGGAGGGGUGACGGCAUGAGGCAGAACGAUCGCAGGGGCGGCGGCGGCGGCUUUACCCAGCAGGCACCAGAGCAGGCGCUGCAUCCAUCCUGGGAGGCCAGUAAGAAAAGGAAGGAGCAGCAAGGACAAAUCCUGGCCUUCCAGGGGAAGAAGAUCAAGUUUGACAUGGACGACUGAAGCGGUUUGUUUAAUAACGCCGACUACAUCCCAUAAUCGGGCGGUCCUCGUUGUCUGGCACACACGUUGAGGAUAAGCGUCGUCGUCGUUUGGCGUGAACUGCUUCUUCGUCCUCGUGGCUCAAACCUGAAGAAGUGUGUUGUGUUAAAUAUCAAGAGAAAUGUGUGUGUUUUUUUUUUCCAUUCUAAACUGUGAAAUGCAUCACCUGAAGAUUUAACUAGUUAACAACCGUUUGAGGAACACAGGUUUUUUUGUAAGAAUGACAAUUCUGUUAGAAAUGUAUUUGUGGGGAUUUCACAUGCGUUCCUCUCUCUCUAUUUUGGGAAAAAAUAAUUUAUACACCUGUACACGAUUCCACUGCUUUGUCCUAAGUUGUAAUUAGGGUCCAGUUAUAUUGUAUAGUACCAACAUGUGUGUUUAAACGAUAUGAAGUUUAUAAAGAUACAGUUUCAAUAUA